AAAAAAAAAAGCCUGCGUACAGACAGUUUCAUCAGCCGUCCUGACUGUCAUCCUGCAUUCGUGUGAAACGAAUGAAAUAGUAGAUGCCUUGGGUAAAGAUUAGCCGAUAGCUAAACAAAGGAAAACAAUCCUUGUUGACUAGAACGCCAUGAUUUCGACUUCACAAGUUAAAAUCUUUGCAUUCUAUGUUUGGUUGCCUCUGGUCUCGUCAGUUACAGUGUCCACACAGUAUGGAGACAUCGAAGGUCUUGUGACUUCGUACCCGAAUGCGUCGGCUCAGUUCAAGUCUGUCAGCAAGUUUUUUGGCGUUCCUUUCGCCGCUCCGCCGGUUGGAAAGCUCAGACUAAAAGCACCAGAACCACCAAAAGGAUGGAAACCGAAAGUUCUCCAAGCGAAGAAACAUGGGAACGUUUGUUGGCAACGCAAGCACAGAGUGCAGUUGAUAAAAUUCUACGAUCCAAAUUUCUCAUACAGCGAAGAUUGUUUGUAUCUCGAUGUGUACUCUCCGAACGUUGGUGUUAGUUUACCUGUGAUGGUUUACAUUCCUGGUGGAGGUUAUGAAGUGGGAACUGCAGUUUAUUAUCCCGGCGAUAUUUUAGCCCUACACGGGGUGGUGAUAGUUGUGAUCCAGUACCGUCUCGGACCAUUUGGAUUCUUAACGACCGGGGAUUCUGCGGCCCCUGGGAAUUUUGGAAUGUUGGAUCAAGUGGAAGCACUGAAGUGGGUGAAAGAAAACAUUGAAAACUUUGGAGGGGAUCCCAGCAAGGUGACCAUAUUUGGAGCAAGUGCUGGCGGAACAAGCGUAUCCCUGCAUCUUCUAUCGCCUCUAUCUAAAGGUCUUUUUCACCAAGCUAUUGCAGAGAGUGGAGUAGAUUUAAGCACCUUUGCGACUCAGCCUGUUUCGUACGGUCUACGUUUUGCUAAGGAGCUUGCUCAAAAUCUGGAUUGUGCUACAAGCGACCACAGCGCAAUGGUGGCCUGCAUACGCAGUAAGAAAGGCGAGGAAAUACAGAAUGCUUCCGCUUUAACAGAUCAUCAGUUCUAUAGGUAUCUGCGGUGGGCACCAGUCGUGGACGACAACUUUCUUCUCGACGAAACACGAAAUCUUCGCGAAAAAGGAAAUUUCAAGAAACUGAAACUAAUGAUCAGUUUUAACAGUCAGGAGGGAGGGACAUUUUUGGGGCCUCAUUCCAGAUCGUCUUUUGGAUUGACAGAAAAUGUGGACAACGGAGUGAGUUCGUCAUUCUUCAAGCAAUUUGUAACCAAGUUUGCGCACACUCGAAAUAGCAGUGAAGAAACCGCCGACCUCUUCGCGGACGCAUUUGAGUUCGUGUACACACCAUGGCCAGACAGCAGUAAUAAAUACGCACUAAGAAGCCAACUUGUUGACUUCAUUGGUGAUUAUCUGUACUUUGCACCAGGUCACGAGGUCGCCAACAUUCACAGCACAGUUGCUCCGGUGUACAUGUACGAGUUCGCACAUCGCAGAACAAAAGGAAAUAAGAACAAGGAGUGGAUGGGUGUGGUCCAUGGUGCUAAUGUACCUUACGAGUUUGGAAACCCGUUCUACCCUGGUCUUUCGUCAGAUUUUGACGCAGGCGAUAGAAACGUCAGUUUGUUCCUAAUGGAGUUGUACGUAAACUUCGCCAAGAGCGGCGAUCCAACACCCCAGCCAGUCAGCGGUGUUACGUGGGAGAGGUACAACAGCAGUCACAGAGCUUACUUGCGAGUUGACGUUCAUCCCAAGAUGGCGGCGGCGUUUGCUCCUCGCCGAAUGGCUUUCUGGAAUGAUUACUAUCCUAAACUGGCGCAAGUACAGUUUGAUACCAGGGACAAAGUGGUCAGCGAUGCUAACGUUGACGUUGCCAUGGCAAUGCUUUUUAAGGUUGUACUUAUGAUUGUUUUCGCCAUGUUGUACUGAGCUCGUAUACCUUGUUCAACCAAAAGUUAAGUCGGCCCAGCGUGGUGGGGUACAUAAUUCUACCACAUUUUUGAUCAAUUUCCUCUUGCAAUGUUAUAAAAUUGCUACUCUUAGUCGGUACAAAUAUCUUCGAUGAGUUCAUUUAAGUUUCAGAGUUUUUCAAGGCAAUGAUUAUUUCAACGCAAUGAUUUUUGCGGGAAAAAACUUAAAGGUUUCCAGAGCUCUGUAGAUUUUCUUUUGUUCGGUUUGAAACAAAGAGGAAGGAAAGAGUUUUAUUCAUUGCAAUUUUUUAAUAUUCAAGAAACAUGUUUUACUUAAUAAUGGAUACUUGAACUCUCCUUUUUAAUUUGUAGAUCAGUUUUUCCCCAUCACUGAUUAUUUCCCCCGUAGUUUCAUCUCUGCCUCUGGUCAGGUACUUUAUAUGACUGUUGACGGCAAUUUCGCGGCCACCCUGACGACAACCCGGUUAUAUAAUGUGACCACCUCGGUAAUAUUAGGGACCUUUUUUGUUACCUGAACAAGAUUUCAGCCAGUUUCACACUUCAAAUCCGCGUUAACGUAAGGACAGCUAAUUGAAGUACUGUUAAGAUGAUUUUGCUGGAAUUGCUAUUAAAUUGGAAAGCCUUUCUUCA